UAUUAGAUAUGAUGCAAUCAAUGAAUGCAUUGUUUUUUAAUACGAAGAAAUCUGAAAUUUCACCACAGUUCGAUCCGCGAUAAACGAAAAAUGAAAACAUCUUAUUAUCCUUCCGUUUUUCUUCUUUGUCUCCUCGUCAUUCUGUUAUCGUUCUGUAUUGCGUCAGACGCGCGUGCUGGUUCGUAUGAUCACCUAGUACUAGUGUACAUAUGGCCGAACGCAUUCUGCUCGAACAAACGAGUCCACUGUAAAACACCGGUGCCUCAGAAUUUUACGGUACACGGACUUUGGCCAACUGAUAAAACCGGAAAAACUUUGGUGUACUGUAAUAAAUCUGGAAGCAUAUCUUCGGCUUUAAGCAAGUACGAGAAACAGCUGGCGAAUGCAUGGCCUUCGCUUCGUCGGGACUUGGCAAACAGGGAACUCUGGCAAUACCAGUGGGAGAAACACGGUACGUGCGUGCUGCCGAAAAUGACGGUUCUGCAGUAUCUGCAAGUGAUUAUUACGCAGGCGAGGAGGUUCGAUUUUGUGAGGGCUCUAAAAAAGAACGGCAUUACUACGAAUGGUGCGUUGUCGUACUCGAGGAAGACGGUGGAAGCUUCGAUUAGAGAGGAGAUUGGAGGGAGACACUUUUAUAUAUCAUGCCAAAAAUCAAGAAAAGGUGUUCUGGUGAUCAAAGAGAUUUAUAUAUGUCUCGAUGGAAACACGGUUAUAUCUUGUCCUUAUAUCGAUAAUCAGAGAGGAUGCGGUGGUGGUGGUGGUGGUGGUGGUGGUGGUAAGAACAUAAGUCUUGGUUUUACUGCUGCUUCAUCAAGGAUUUAUGCAUGA